UUAAAUUAUCUUCAAAUCACUUCAUAUUGACGGCAGUGUGAUUCGGGAGAUAUACAUGAUUUUUUAAAUGUAUUCCCUCACCGUUGUGUAUUGAGAGACAGUUCUCGAGGGGAGAACCAGAAUCAUUGACGAAAACAAAAACAUGUUUAUUAAUUCUGGAUUUACGUAAUGGAUUAAUAUUUAUAUACUGGGGAAAAAGAUUUAUUGUUUAUGUAGGAGAUUCUUGGAGCAACUGCACAGGCGGAAAGUGUGGUUCAUAUUUGAAUUCAAAUUGAUAGAAAAAUCGAAAAGUAAGAAGCAUGGAUGUCGAAACAGAGAGAGAACGAAAAGAUGAACAGAUGGAGCGUACGGCCAUGUUCACAACUUUACAAGAACAUGAACUUAAAGUAAAGGAGCUUAGAAGUGUGUUCGUGGAACCACCCAAGACAAUGGACCCACAGUCCCGCACCACCAAGGAGAAAAUCCAAUCGGGCUUACAAGGGGUGAAAAAUGGGUCCAAACGUUUUGCAAACUUUGUGAGAAGCAAAAUAAUUCGGCGGAAGGAGAAAGAAACCGUUGUUCAGGACAUAAAUAUCGUACAGGAAGACAACGAGACUUGGGCGAGAAGAUCCGUCGGAAGCGCCGCCUCACGGACAAGUAUAGACUCAAAACUAUCGUCUGGUUCUGACAAAACCAAGGACGUAAAUAUUCUUACAAAUCUGGAUGAUGGAGAACUUGAAGAGUGAGCGUAUUCUGAUAAGAAAAGUAUUUAAAUUUUUGGAAUGUGAAUUUUAAAAGAACGUGGUGCUGUCUUGUGCAAUGGAGAAAACUAAUUCAUUAACAUAAUUAUAUUACCACUGACGAAAGGAGGAGCUGACAAUUGUCUGACAGCAUAUCAUGUACAUGUGUAUAGUAGAAUGAACAAGUGCUAAACAUUUUUUCAGUAUUCAAAAUGGAAGUAUGGAUCGCAAAUUAAAUUUUUGUUAAGUGCAUUCAUAAGUACCAUGAACUAUACUAAGUAUGUAAACAGAUCUUGAAUUUCAAAAAUAGUAAUUUAAGGUGGUUCCAUCCUCAUGUGACUUAUCAAUAUUAAUGAUUGAAAGUGGAAAAACUGUAUUAAUGUCCACUCAAUAUACAUGUAGUUAAAUAUAAUUAAUAGCCAAAGAAAAUGUGCAUGUUGCCAUCUUUUUAAAGAUGUCAGACAUACAAAAACAGAAGAAUAUCUUAACAUCAGAAAAUAACGCAUUUUCGUUAAAUACAGUAUAAUAAAAAAUAGAUAAAAACUUGUUGAAAUGACAAAUUUUAAUUGUCAAGUUUAAAAACACUGCUAAUUCAUAAAUAUUUAUAAAUUAAUUGUUUAUUUUAGGGAAAUCGGUGUAUCUUAGACAUGCAGUAGAAAAAAUACCAGCUUAGGAGUUAUUGCCAUUUUUUAAAAACUUAAAAAUAAUUGAUUAUCUAUGGAAAAUAUUAACUUUUUCAGUAUCAUAGUUAACCAAAUUUUUUACUUUAUGCAGUGAAUAAAAUUCCUCUGAAAUAUAUAUUUCUAUCAUGCGCAAAGUUUAAUUUAAUAAUGAUUUUUGCAAAAACCAAUGACAUCACAUGAGGAUCAAUCAACCUUAAAAUAUUACAGAGGGAGGAAUGUUUACCACCCCGGCCAGAUAAUCGUGUGCAUACUUUGAAGUUGGAGCAGUGAGAAAUACGUAUACAUGUAACGUUCACUACCUAUAACAUCAAUGGGGUGUAAAUAGCCUCAUAUUUGAUAUUUAUUUCAGGUGACUUUUUAAAUGGAAUAUUUGUUUGAAUUUAUACAUGUAAGUGUGGCGUGCACUCUGAUCUGAUAACUACUGCCUUACUAAUUACGCUAUAAGAUGAUUGUGAUAUUCACAAGUUUAUGUACCAUCUACCUGAGUCAAUGCAAAUGUACAUUGUACAGUGUUGUACACUAGUAUUUUUAUAGUGGAAAACUUAUUGCCUAAUUGAACGUACAUGUAAAUAACUGUGUCGUCAUUUGCAGAUGUAUGUACAAUGUAAAUAUAUCAUCGUAUUUAUUGAUUAUGCUGUAAAUCGUUGUAUUUAUUCAUUAUGUUAAUCAACCGUUCUGUUUCUUUUCGUGUAUUGUAUAAACUGUGAUUGCAUGAAAUAAAUAACAACAACACU